CCUCUCUUUACUUCACCCUGGCAACGGCUGACAACGCUAUGGCAACAACUAGAUGCCUGUUCCUGACAGCUAGCUAGGCUUAUACGGUAAACGGACAGUCAUUUUGUCUCAAAAUGUCGAAACGAGUUAUUUAGUAAAUUUUAUCAGUUAUGCUGAUAGAUACAUGCGAAGAAAGCGGUAACAGGAGAAGGACAGAGUGAAACUGUUGUGUACUGCAGAGAUUUGGAAUGAAUGACAAGUCUCGAUGUGUGAUUUAGUGUCAACACUCCGCAUCUGAUGUUAAUGAAGUAACGUCUGCGGGAGUGAUUUAACAUCCAUUAAAACUCAUAGACGCUUUUAGGGAUGUUUGCCAAGGAACAUUAACGCUGACCGACAGCCACCGAGAGUUUCCCUGAUAGAAGUGAAGAAUCACACAUGUCUAAGUGGAAAGAGGUUUUCGAAAGAAACCGAGUGAUCCCACCUCACACUCAAACUGCCCGACAAGCUCAAGUAUCUUCUCAAGGACUCAAGCUGGUCUUCAAGCAGAUCGAUGGACUUCACGUAAAACAGUCAGAGGAGCCCCAUGCACCCAGGUGUCAGCUGCAUGUGACCUUGUACGACUCGGGUCACCAGCACUUCUUUGGACGCACGUGGAAGAGCGGGUCACACUCUGUCAGUGGCACAGCGGGUCAGCCCGGUCGAGUGCUCAUCAAUGAGGUGGUGUACUUCCACACUUCUCUGUGUUUGAGCUCUGUGGUGGCAGUGGUAGAGCUGGUGUCUCUCUCACCCAAGACAGAUGGUUCCCAGAAUGCAGUGGGGUCAGGGUUCGGACUCCUCCAGCUCUUCACAGGUCAUGCGGAUGGCAGCUUCUCUCAGGGGGAGGGCAGGAUGAGUUUGUUCAGUGGGACCCCCAGAGCCCUCCUGCACCCAGCACUGAAAGACCCUCAGCAGUUGAAUGCCAUGUUAUCACCGAUAGACGGCUGUCAGCUGCUGUACAUGAUUCAGCCACACCCAGCCCUCACUCCCAUCAUGCACCUGCUCCCACCCAACACCCUGGUGUCUGGACAUGAGGGCAUCCCCGGUGUGGCGCUGCCCACGGACGGCACAGCAGACGCGCUGCGGAAGCCUCGUCUGUUGAAGAGUUUCUCGUGUAUUUUGGAGGGUGUGAGUGUGACACUUUACCCCUCUGUGGAGGUCUUCGAAACUGACCUGCUCCAGCUGCUCAACCGAGACUGCCAGAAUACAAACAGGGGUGCGGAGGGACGCUCGGUUGUGGUGCAGGAACGCAGGCUGCUGGUUGGGGUCCAUAAUGGCUGGGGUUGGGUGGAGAAACCUCAGGUGUUGGUGCUUGAGCGUGAGGCCGUUGGGAGCGGAACGGCCGGGGCCCGCGGAGCCGUCACAGGCGGCAGCUUCAGACAGACUUCCAAGGAAAAAUUCAAUGAUAGACUGUCUCUUCGUGGCAGUGUGGAGCUGAAGUUGAUGAGACACUCAGCUUUCAGCAUCAUCUUCCAGCUCCAACAUGUUUUCUCUUGUCCGCUGGCUGGAGAUGGGCAGAUGACAACAACAGCCAUACCCAGAGCAGCAUUCAUGCAAUGCGUGUGUUGGUGUGUUUGGAGUCUGUUUUCGGAUCCUGAGGGCCCCGGAGAGAACAUGUGCCUCAACUUGCAGGGUGGUGCUGUCCCCAACCCUUGGGGUGUCAUGGUGUACUCCUCAAACACACAGCAGAUGAAUGGAGGGAAAAGUGCCAUCAAGUUCAAGUUUUCUUCUAGUGUGGAAAGUUCUGCCAGCAUAGCGUCAAAAGUGAACCCCUGGGAAACGGCGCCACCUAAGAAGUUCUUUUCUGCAUCCCAAGAUGAGAACGUCCUCGAGCCGACAGCUUCGACAGCGCAGUCUCCCCGUGGGCCAGCCCUGUCUCUCUCUGAGCUUGCUACGACUUCACGGUACCCGACCAUGAGCCACACAGUGGGGUCUCCAUGGCAACAACAGAUCCCCUCUCUUCUCUCUCCCUCCCUGAUGGCAUCGGCCCACCAGCUGUCACAUGUCGAGCGUCUAGGUGCCGGCAGCAUAGCGCACUUGGAGCUGAGUGUACAGGACAGAGAGGGAGAGAGAAGUGAGGACGAGUGCGAGAUACAGGAGCUGACCUUCAACCCAGUGCACGCCCCUGUCAUUACCCUCGGUACACACGCUGCAGGCUCCUCUAGAUCGACCUCUCGCAGGUCUCUGGCCCAGCUCUUCUCCUCCGGUUUCCCUCAGAUUCUGGAUCAGCAGAACCAGGUGGCUGAGGUUCUGGAUCCUUCCGAGCCUGUGAACUUUGACCCUAAGAGAGAAGAAGCGGAUCCUCUUCAGGCCAACACUCUUAUUCUGCAGUUCCUAGCCUUUACCAGGGUUCCUCAGAGUGGUGUGCACUCAGACUGGCCGAGUUCUGUACAUUUUACCUUCCAGCUUUACCGUUUCCCCCCCGUCACCACGGAGAGACUGAAGCUGCUUGACCCGCAGAGCAACAGCAGGAUCACCGGGAAAUCCACCUCUGAUUACCCCUGUGUCCUGUCUCUUAUCAACAAAGAUGGCACACUAAGCUCUGGUUGUCCUGGUCUGCAGCUGCAAUACAGAGUCGACCCACAAUUCCUGAAGCCGGGUGAGCGGGUGUGGUUCCUGCGAUACCUGGCGCUUCAUUCCCUUCAAAUUGAUGUCUGGGACAGCGAGUCAUUAAUGCUGAUUGGCUCAACCGCUGUAGAGCUGAAGCAUAUGCUCCGGCAAGGCCGUGCGGCCGUCCAGGUGUGCCACGAGCUGGAAGUGAUCACCACUGAGUACCUACAGGAUGCCAGCUGUGACGGCAAGCACGGGGCCUUUCCACCCAUCAAUGUCUACACCACCGUGAAAGGAAUUCUGCAUCUGCGGCUUGGCAACGUCGGUGGCAGUGUAUCAAGUUCCCAGAGUUCCUUGGCUCUUCCUCCAGCACAUUCCCAUGUAGUCCUGCCCAGUGAUGCCGCUCGGGGUUUAGCGGGAGGAAGUGUCCCGGCUUUUACGGUCCUCAAGCUUAACGCAAACAAUGCCAGGCGAGCGCGCCGCUUGCCAGAAAUCGACAGCGAGCUGGCCAGACUGCUCCAAAGCACCAUGAGGGAAGUGGGCGGAGCCAUAGUCCACAAGCAGGGCGAAACGGAGGAAGUGCGCCAGAGGAAGAUGGAUAGAAUGGCAGCUGUCCGUCAACACGAGGAGCAGGGGGUCCCGCCUCCUUUUCAGGACAAUUCAAACCUCACGAGGCACAGAACAGAGCGUGUGCAACAUACUCGUGAUCUACACGUGAUAGAAGCCUAUCGUCAGCGCUGUAAAGCACAGGAGAUCACCAAUAUGCUCUCCCAAGCCAUUACCACCAAACACACUCUUUACGCCACACUGGGAACAGCUGAGUUCUUCGAAUUUGUGCUGAAUAAUCCAUUGAACGUUCCUCAGACAGUCACUAUUGAGUGUGAUGAUCCAGAACUCAGUGUAAUCGUGAAGAGUGAGGAAUGGAGAUAUUUUAAGGAGUUGACGAAAACGCUGACACCUCUAGAGCAGGAGAUGUUUCACCAGGAGAGUACGCUGACGCCACGGGUUUACCUGCGGCCCAAAGAAAGCGUCCAGAUCCCUUUUAAGUACCAAACCUUCUUAUGUGGCCACGCCCUCCCUUCGCAGGAUACAAAAGGCUUAAAGAUUUCAAGAAGUCCACAGAUGGCUACGAAACAUCUGUCCAACACCAUUCAAGCGAAAUCCAUCAAGGUUCAUUUCCGCGGGGAGGAUGGAAAGCCUCUGGCGAUCUGCCAGGUGAAUGUUGAACCAACGCCACAUGUGGUGGACCAGACCUUUCGUUUCUACCAGCCUGAACUCACCUUCCUGAAGAAAGCCAUUCGCCUGCCUGCGGCCUGGGACAGCACAACAGAUGGUUCCACCACCCUUCAUGUGCGCUGCAGCGACCCCAAUGUCGUCUGCCACACCACCACAUUGACUCCAGGAGAACCGCAAGACGUAUUUCUGAAAGUACCUGGUUGUCCAAGUCCACAAAUUAGGAAAUUCUUCAUCACUAUUUUCACUGACCCCUGGCUGGCCUCCCCUGCGCAGAUAUGGCAGGUAUACGUGCAUUACCUGCAAAGGAUGGACCUGAGCUGUGUGUGUGGCACUCUCGACUGGCAUUCACUGGUUUUGCAUGGCACGCAAGCCAUCCGGAGGGUCAAGUGUUAUACGUCGCAUCCCCUGGAGCUUCAGGUUGAUCCAGGGGAGGUUUUUGCCCUGCCUGCUCAGGGUGUGCAGGACGUCAGGGUGGGCGUGAGGGCCCUGCGCCCUGGGAGUCGUUUCUUUUACCUCAACGUGGUUGACGUGGACACGCGGCAGCUUGUCGGCUCCUGGCUGCUGUGUAUUACAUGCAGGCAACCUGUGAUCUCCAAGGCGUUUGAAAUCAAAGUUCCUGUCGAUGGAGGAAAGGGCAGCAAUAAGAAAAUAAGUUUCACCAACCCCUACUCUACCUCCAAAGUAUUCAAGCUGAGCACAGACCACCCGGACCUUCUUAUGUUUAAAGAGGAACAGUUUAAGAUCAGAGGAGGGGAGAUCUACACCAUCGGUCUGCGCUUCGCUCCAACUCAGAAUCCCGGUACAGAAGAGAUUCUCAUCUUCAUCAAUGACCAACAGGAUAAGAACGAGGACACGUACUGUGUUAGAGUCCAGUAUAGAUAACAUUUACUCCACUGCUGUACAAACACACUCUUUUACAGUCCAAAACACUCUCAAACAAACACAAACUGUAUUUAUAUUAUAUUUAUUCCUUUGCCCAUCACAUACAAACCUUAAAUGCUUAAAGGGACAGUUCACCCCAGAAUGAAAAUUCUGUCAUCAUUUACUCACCCUUGUGUAAUUUUAAACCUGUACAGCUUUCUUUCUUCCGCAGAACACAAAAGAUAUUUUGAAGAAUGUUGCCAUUGGUCUCCAUUGACUUGCAUUGGUUUUGUGUCUGUAUAAUAAAAGUGAAUGUGGACCAAUGGUUUUUGUUUACUAACUUUCUUCAAAAUAUGUUCUUUUAUGUUUGGAAGAAAAUAGAAAGUCAUACAGGUUUGAAAUGACAAUAUUGUGAGGAAAUAUUAACAGAAUUUUCAUUUUUGGGUGAACUAUCCCUUUAAAUAAAUGUAAUAUAAUGCAUUAGCUAUUAUGAACAACCAAUAGCAUUUAUUGAUUUUAGUUCACGUUAAAUGUGCUCACAUCAGUUUCUGCAUUAACUAACAUUAACUUAUAUAACAUUAAGUUAAAAAUGCAUUAGUUACUGCAAAACAAAAGCAAUAACUAAGAUCAACACAUGCUAUAAUUGUGUUGUCCAUUUUUUUGUUCAUUGCAUUAUCAAAGGUUAACUUACACAGCCUUAUUCCAAGUACACAAAAUAGAAAAAUACAGACUAAACAUACUUCAGAGAUAAACGCAGAAGAUGAGAACAUUAUCUUCUUACAAACAACUAGACCUCUCAAAUAACCCUAUCAGACAGUUCAUCUAAGCAGAGAGACGUGUUUCUCACGUACGUUGGAGUAAAGCCACCCUGCAGUGCUGUCGGCUGAGACAGAGAAGAGAUCCUCAAUCGAGCCGAUGCUCUUAUCCACCCUCUUCAUGUGUGUUUAUCGCAAAGCCGCAUCCCUGCUGCGAUGCGUCAUUGGGAACGGAGAACUGAUGGCCACUUGCCCAGGACUUCAGCUCUAGAUGUCCUCAAGCAAGAAGUAUGACCAAACAUCUUUUAUUAUUACAUUUUGAAGCAUGUGACGUUUGCAGAUUUUGUAUCAUAUUUUUUUGCAGCAUCAAUAAAAUGCUCAUGAUUUUUGAGUAUAAUUCUUUAUAUCAUUCUUUAUGUAUCACUGUGUUUGGAGUAGCUGUAUA